AUGGCCGAAGGAGAACCUGUUCCGAACGAUGCUCUUGUCCAAAUGAUGACCGCAAUGAGAGAGGAGCUGAGGAACAUGACUCAACAAAUGGGAAAUAUUCGUCAAGAACUCGGAGCAAGAAUAGAUCGAGUUGAGGCACAACCAAGGAGAGCCCCAGUUCGAGGAGCACAAGUGCAAGCCGGUGACGCGAGUGAUGAUGAAGAGAUGCCCGAACUAGAGGAUGAACUUCCACCUGAUCCUCUUCAGCAUCGACAGCAGAGGAGACCGGAUCCUCUAAGAAAAAAUCCAGAUAGAGUAGUAGAUGCCCGAGAACAAACCCAUGAUCUCAAGCUAACACCCCCUACUUUUGCAGGAAAAUCGGAUCCCGAAGCAUACAUGGAUUGGGAGAGGCGACAAGAGCACAUCUUUGAGUGCUAUGGCUAUGCUGAACGCAAGAAGGUGGCUGUUGCGGCUGCACAGCUCACUGAUAAUGCCUUAGCGUGGUGGGACAGAAACGUAGCCGAGAGAAGGAGGCAACGUUUUGGACCAGUCGUCACUUGGAGCGACAUGAAAUUCCUCCUACGACUUAGAUAUGUACAUGAACACUAUCAUAGAGACUUACAAAAGCGUUUUCGCAAAUUGUCUCAGGGAAACCGAAGCGUAGAUGAGUAUUUUGAGGAGUUUGAGAAGCUGAUGAACUCGUUGGAGUUAGAAGAAUCGGAGGAAGCCUUGAUGGUGCAGUUCAUCGACGGUUUACAAGAGAGAAUAGCAAGAAAGGUCGAGAGAGCUCAAUAUAGUGGGUUACACGAGCUAUUGCAUCUUGCCAUUCAAGUGGAGCAGCAAUUCAAGCGCAAGACCGCUCUUACCAGCCGCAACCGCACGAGCCAACCAUGGAACGCCAGCAGCUCUAAGCCGGUAGACAAAGGCAAAGCCGUGAAGAUUGAAUCGAGAUUCAAAGGCAAAAGCACCGAGGCUCCCAAGUUCAACCGAGCCGAGCAAGGUAAGCCCUCUAACCCCACCUCAAGGACUCGUGACAUAACGUGUUUUAGGUGUCAAGGCAGGGGUCACAUGUCAAGGGAGUGCCCAAAUCAGCGAGUCAUGAUCAUUACCCCUAGUGGUGACUAUGAAUCGCAAGAUGAACAAGAAGAUGAAUUUAACGACAUGGAGGAGGAGGUUGAAUAUCCGGAUACUGGUGAACUCUUAGUGACUCGCCGAGUGCUAAGCAUCCUAGUUCACCCUGAGGAAACAGCCCAAAGAGAGAACAUAUUUCAUACUAAAUGCACCGUCAAAAACAAGGUAUGUAACCUUAUCAUAGAUGGCGGUUCAUGUACUAACGUGGCUAGCAAAUAUUUGGUGGACAGAUUAGGUCUUGAGAAGACAAAGCAUCCUCGCCCUUACAAAUUAACGUGGCUGAACGAUCAGACCGAGCUCAAGAUCUCUGAGCAAGUAUCCGUACCUUUCAGCAUCGGCAAGUAUCAUGAUCAAGUCACUUGUGACGUGGUGCCAAUGCAAGCAGGGCACCUAUUACUCGGUAGACCGUGGCAAUUCGACCGAGCCACAACCCACAAUGGCCGCACCAACCAUUAUUCUUUCAUGCACAAGGAGCGUAAGUAUAAUCUUGCACCUCUAAGCCCCACCGAGGUACAUGAAAUGCAAGUGCACAUGAACAAAGAAUCCGAGCUAAGUAAAAACAGUCUUUAUUUAUCAUCUAGUGAUGUUUAUAAAACCAUGAGUGCCAAUGGCACCGUGCUACUAAUGAUGUUUAAAGAGUGUCUAAGCGCAGGUCUAGGUGACUCUGAGAUACCACUUGAAGUGCAAGCUAUUCUGAACAAGUUUAAGGAUGUAUUUCCCGAAGAGAUACCACCAGGAUUGCCACCACUUCGUGGAAUAGGGGAUUCAGCCUUGCCCAACAAGCCAGCUUAUAGGAUGAACCCUGAGGAGACUAAAGAGCUAGAGAGACAAGUACGAGACCUAAUGGAUAAGGGUUAUAUCCGUGAGAGUCUCAGUCCUUGUGCUGUGCCGGUUCUCUUAGUACCAAAGAAAGAUGCCCAAGAUGCAGCUUUUGAAGCCAUGAAGAGCCGAUUAACACAAGCACCUGUCUUACCCCUACCAGACUUUGACGAGAUGUUUGAGGUGGAGUGUGAUGCUUCAGGGGUGGGAAUUGGAGCUGUACUACACCAAAGAAAGAGACCAGUGGCAUUCUUCAGUGAAAAACUCAGUGGAGCCACACUAAAUUAUCCCACCUACGACAAGGAAUUAUAUGCCUUAGUCCGAGCAUUGGAGACCUGGCAGCAUUACUUGUUGUCCAAGGAAUUCAUUAUUCAUACUGAUCACGAGACUUUAAAGCACUUAAGAGGAAAAACCGCACUUAAGAGACGCCAUGCUAAAUGGUUGGAGUUCAUAAAGACUUUUCCUUAUGUGUUCAAGUACAAGAAGGGACAAGAGAAUGUGGUGGCCAAUGCACUCUCAAGAAGGCAUACAUUGAUAUCUACUAUGGAGGCCAAGGUACUCGGCUUUGAGCAUAUCAAGGAGCUCUACAAAGAAGAUCCCGAGUUCAGAGAAGCUUAUCAAGGCCAUGGCAAGGGAGCUUAUACCUCAUAUCACCUACACGAUGGGUUUCUCUUCCGAGACAAGAGACUAUGUGUUCCACAAGGGUCUUUGAGGGAGCUAUUGCUGAAGGAAGCACACGGUGGAGGUCUCAUGGGUCACUUUGGAGUGGACAAGACAUUAGCCGUAAUCGCUGACCAUUUCUUUUUGCCGCACCUCAAGAAAGAUGUGGGGAGACACUGCUCACGAUGUGUUACUUGUCAUAAAGCCAAGUCCAGGUUACAUCCUCAUGGUCUAUAUUUACCUUUACCUAUCCCUAACGCACCAUGGGUGGAUAUUUCUAUGGAUUUUGUACUAGGCUUACCCAAGAUCAGGCACAAAGACUCGAUCUUUGUUGUUGUUGAUCGCUUUUCAAAAAUGGCGCACUUCAUACCCUGUGACAAGACUAAUGAUGCCACACAAACCGCGGAUUUGUUCUUUAAAGAGGUGGUGAGAUUACAUGGAGUGCCAAGAACGAUUGUCUCUGACCGAGACUCUAAGUUCUUAAGCCACUUUUGGAGGACCCUUUGGAGAAAGCUUGGCACCAAGCUUCUAUUCUCUACAACUUGUCCUCCUCAAACGGAUGGGCAAACUGAAGUGGUAAACCGUACACUAUCUACUUUACUUAGGGUCACUCUUGGUCGAAAUUUGAAAACAUGGUUAGAUUGUUUACCUUUCAUUGAAUUUGCUUAUAAUCAUGCUACUCACUCGGCUACUAAGAUGUCUCCUUUUGAAGUUGUGUAUGGAUUUAAUCCACUGACGCAUUUAGAUCUCUCUCCAAUACCCCAAGCUGAACAAGUUAAUCUAGACGGCCUCAAGAAAGGAGAAUUUGUGAAAAAGAUACAUGAAAAGGCCCGAGAUAACAUAGUGAAGAAAACGGAGGAAUACAAAAGGAGAGCUGAUAAAGGACGCAAGAAACUUGUAUUCAAACCAGGAGAGUGGGUCUGGCUACAUAUGAGACCAGAAAGGUUCCCACAGCAAAGGAGUUCCAAGCUUGCCCCUCGCGGAGAUGGACCCUUCAAAGUGCUGGAAAAGAUCAAUGAUAACGCCUACCGACUAGAACUUCCAGGUGAAACAGUUUUGAGGACAAAACCUCUUGAAGAGGGAGGGAAUGAUGAGGCCAUCGAACCAUCACCAGACCCAAAGAUCGUUCCCGAGCUCAAAGAAGCACCAAUGACCCGUUCCAAAGCAAGGAGGCUUAGAGAAGGGUUCAACUUGGCCGUGGAAUCAUUACUACGUACCAUGGAACUUGGAGAUGCAUUCAAAACCGAGAUUCAAGAGCAAUACACGCGAGACAGCCCCAAAGGACCCGAUUUAGACAUAAUGGAGGGUUUCGCGCGUUUGAGCCUCAGAGAGAACCAGCCCCAACCAGAACCAGGUAUACAUGUUUACUUGGCAGGAAAUGGAGCACGGAACACCAAGAAUCUUGAAGAGACCGCAUUGGAUCCUCAAGAUACAACCGUUUCAAGACUCGGAGCCGAUAGCGAGCAAAUGAGACAAGAAGAGGAACAUGAAGUGGGACGCGUGAAGAAACUUGAAGAACUCGCAGGACACAACGUUAGCAGGACUCUAGACGAAGAAAACAUCAAGACUAACGAAGAAAACCUCAAGACUAACGAGCUACUCAACGACGUAACCAGCAAGCCCACGACCGGCCGUAACCAGGUAUUUUCCACUUAUACGAUUUGUGCAGGUAACAUGGGAGUAUCCUAG